AUUUGACGCCAUGGGACAUCCACGGAAGACUUGCACGGAGCUUGGAUGCAACAAGCUCGCGGCCAGUGGAGGCCUCUGCGUAGGACAUGGAGGUGGGAAGAUGUGCCAGUUCCCGGGAUGCACCAAGGGGUAUCAGCGAGGUGGGUUUUGCCGCAAUCACGGCGGCGGGUCACGAUGUACGGUUCCGUUUUGCAUCAAGGUGGACGCCGGCCACGGCCUUUGUCGGUCCCACGGCGGCGGAAAGCGGUGUAAAGCAGUCGAUUGUGGCAAAGCCGACGUCGGUGGCGGUUAUUGCACGGCACAUGGAGGUGGCAAGCGUUGUGGGUUCCCGUCUUGCGAUAAGAACAGUCAAGGAGGAGGCUUCUGCCGUGCACAUGGUGGCGGCCGGCGGUGUACUGUGCCGGACUGUACGAAAAUGGGCCGAGGGGCCAGCGGUAAAUGUCCCGAGCACGGUGGGUCGCCGCUGUGCAAUGCACCAAAUUGCAGGAAGAUCGCUCGCGAUGGGCAAGGUCGAUGUCGGGAGCACUCCAAGGACAUCCACAACGAGGUCUUGUCUCAGACUUCGGACGACAGCGACCUCCUAUCUCGGCGCGUCGCACGUCCUAGUAGUACUGCCUCGUCACAGACCGCGAAUUCACCGCUCGAAAGUCUUGUGAUGUUGGCUUCAGCGCCACCGGUGGCGUUUGCCUAUCGCCGGCUGCUGGUGCAAGUUCAGCUGCAAGUGCCAUGGACCGAACUUCGAGUGCUCGCGCUGUUGCAAAGCGAACCUCAAGUGCGCAGCGUGCACAUCUUGGGCUACCGGCACUCGUCGGCCCCGCGGCAGCCAAAGUCCGCCGUGUGUUUUGUCGUGCGUUGGGCUGCCCACUCCAGCGCGGCGUUGGAAUUAGCGCUAGGCGCACUUGACGUGCGCUACUCGGUGCUUGAAAACAGCUUGGUCGAAGAUAUGGCGAGUCUUGUGGUUGUAGAAACCAUUUUAAAAGUGAAUGGCAUGAUGUGCGUCGCCAACUGCGGUAACACGGUGGUCCGUGCAAUUCAAAGCGUGGCGUCGGUGCUAGAGGUACAUUUGGAGUUUGACGACGCCCAAGUAGUCGUGCAGAGCCACAACACGGUCACUGCCCAUGCCCUCAUCGCACGCAUCCAGGCCAUUGGAUUUGAAGCCGACUUGGUGUCUGUCACCCCCGUGCCAUGGCAUCGUCAGUACGUCCAGUCAGCAGCAAUCACUCGUUUUAAUAUCACAGUAGGUUCCACAUGCAACGCACAGGAGGGUGCCACGUCACGAUGGACGUCGCACUGCAGCUCGAGACUGUGUUGAGCCACGUUGAAGGCGUGGAAAAGGUGGCGGUGGUGCCGCACCUGGCGACGGUGGACGUGUUUGGGUUCUUUGACGCGCACGAAGUGGUGCUCAUGGCCGCGACGGUGGCCCUCCACCUGACGGACCGGGAAUCGUCGGUUGAUCCCCUGCAAGCCGAGGGGGGAAGCACCCCCGUCCACCACGAGUGCUCGUUUGCGUGCUCUAGCGGGUGCAUCAAGUACCAGACCACAAUGGCGCACACCGCGGCGCUGGCGGUGGGCUGGGCGGUGCCUGGGUGCGGCAUGGCGUUUGGUUACGAAUGCAAUUGCGGCGACUCGUGUAAAUGCGCUGGCUGCCCAACCCACAACCCAGGCACCACAAUUGACCCCGUCACGGCGUUGUUGUAACGCUGGCAUCGACGCGCUGGCUCUGGGCUAGUCGCGAUACUAGUACUAGUAUUUAUAAUAUAAACCAUGCAAUGCAAACGUCUACUUAC